AUGGGGCUUUGCAAUUACCCCAACAUGAUGUCAGUUGAUUCACACCUGAUAGAAGGUUUGGCUGUAUCAGAAGGAAAGUGUGGGGACACUCCUCUGUCAGUUCCACCUGAUUUGAUGAUUGACGAGCCGCAGGUUGAUGGCAGCCAUUCUGCUGUCAAGGCCAUUGAGCACCAGAGCAAUAAUCCUGCUAACUUAAAGCAUGAAUCUCCGCAUAUAAAUUUCCACAUCUUAGAGGACGCCCAAGUUGCUUCCAUGGCUGCAGUCCCUGGACAUGAGGGAAAAUCUGUCGACACUGGAUCAGAUACUUUUGAUAUUUUACUUGGAGCUCUGGCUGAAGAGUCCAAGGCAACACAUGCUCCUGGUAAAGAUGAGGUUGGCAAAGCUUCCUUGACAUUAAUGACACUGGCUAGCAAUGAGCCCUCUGCAGAUGAUGUUACAGAUGUCAGAGCUGUAGAGGUGGUGGAAACAGACACAAUGCCAUUUUGGGAUCAGCAAAAGAUGAUAAACAAAUUGAUUUGUCAGAUGUUGUGUCUAGAUGCAUCGGGAGCUCAAGAAACAGAUAUCAUAUGCAAUGUCAGACGCAAACACAAAAGGAAGAGGGAUUCUCAGUCAAAUACUGAUACGGAGUAG